GCUGCACCGUACGCCGGUGCAACCGGGCCGGGACUGGCGCUGAGUAAAGGCUCUGUGCCGAGAGGGGCUCGGCCCGCGGGGAAUGAGGGUCGGGGCGCGGCGGGAACGGGUCCCGGUUGAGUUUUCUACUGGAAAUCCAAUAUAUGAAACAUAUUACAAACAGGUAGAUCCGACAUACACAGGGAGAGUUGGGGCAAGUGAAGCUGCUCUGUUUCUUAAAAAAUCUGGUCUCUCUGAUAUCAUCCUUGGAAAAAUAUGGGAUUUGGCUGACCCAGAGGGUAAAGGAUACUUAGAUAAACAGGGUUUCUAUGUUGCAUUGCGCCUUGUAGCAUGUGCACAGAAUGGCCACGAUGUAAACCUGAGCAGUCUGAAUUUGACUGUGCCACCUCCUAAAUUUCAUGAUACUAGCAGUCCUUUGCUGAUCACACCACCCUCAACAGAGACUCACUGGGCUGUUAGGGUGGAAGAAAAAGCAAAGUUUGAUGGUAUUUUUGAAAGCCUUUUGCCAGUAAAUGGUUUACUUUCAGGAGACAAAGUAAAACCAGUACUGAUGAAUUCAAAGCUACCUCUUGAUAUCCUCGGAAGGGUCUGGGAUCUCAGUGAUAUUGAUAAAGAUGGUCACCUGGACAAGGAUGAAUUUGCUGUGGCAAUGCAUUUGGUUUAUAGAGCUCUUGAGAAAGAGUCAGUUCCUUCACAAUUGCCCCCUUCUCUCAUACCACCUUCUAAAAGAAAGAAGACACCGGUCUUUCCUGGUGCAGUUCCUGUUCUACCUGCAAGUCCUCCACCAAAAGACAACCUCCAUUCCACACCAUCCCAUGGCAGUGGCAACAGUCCGAACAGCGUAGGGAGCUUGUCUCCCAAGCACGGUAUCAAACAACCAGCUGUGAAUUGGGUGGUACCAAUGUGUGAAAAACUGCGAUACGAUGAAAUUUUCUUAAAAACAGACACAGACAUGGAUGGGUUUGUGAGUGGCCAAGAAGUAAAGGACAUUUUUAUGCAUUCGGGUCUGUCUCAGAAUCUCCUAGCGCAUAUAUGGGCUUUGGCAGACACGAGGCAGAUGGGAAAGCUCAGCAAGGACCAGUUUGCACUCGCCAUGUAUCUCAUUCAGCAGAAGGUCAGCAAAGGGAUUGAUCCUCCACAAGUGUUACCUCCAGAUAUGAUCCCUCCCACAGACAGGAAUACACCCAUCCAGACUCUGUCAGGUUACUUGACCCCUGUAGGAACUGAGAUCUCAGCACUAACAGAAAUGCGGCGUGAUAGUGCAAGUUCUGUUGGAUCGGGAGAAUUUACAGGGGUGAAGGAACUGGAUGAUAUUAGUCAAGAAAUUGCACAGCUGCAGAGAGAAAAAUAUUCUCUGGAGCAGGACAUUAGGGAAAAGGAAGAAUCAAUCAGACAGAAAACUAAUGAAGUUCAGGAACUGCAAAAUGAUUUAGACAGGGAAACAAGUAACUUGCAAGAGCUGGAGACUCAAAAACAGGAUGCCCAAGACCGCCUGGAUGAGAUGGACCAGCAGAAAGCCAAACUGAAAGAUAUGCUGAAUGAUGUAAGGCAGAAAUGCCAGGAAGAAACACAGGUGAUUUCAUCGCUAAAAAUGCAGAUUCAGUCUCAGGAAUCAGAUUUAAAACUACAGGAAGAUGACCUUAAUAGAGCAAAAGCAGAGCUGAAUCGCCUCCAGCAGGAAGAGACUCAGCUAGAGCAGAGUAUCCAGGCUGGAAAAGUGCAGCUUGAAACAAUAAUCAAAUCUUUAAAAUCAACCCAGGAAGAAAUAAACCAGGCAAGAAGUAAGCUCUCUCAGCUGCAAGAGAGCCAUCGAGAAGUGAAUAAAAGCAUUGAAGAGUACAAUGAAGCUCUCAAUGGGAUUCAUGGUGGGAGUCUGACAAAUUUAGCAGACAUGAGUGAAGGCCUUGGGCAGACAGAAAGAAGCAAUUAUGGAGCUGUGGAUGAUCCAUUUAAGAAUAAAGCCUUAAUGUUUACCAAUAAUACACAAGAAUUGCAUACAGACCCAUUCCAGUCAGAAGAUCCUUUCAAAUCCGAUCCAUUUAAGGGAGCAGACCCCUUCAAAGGCAGUGACCCAUUCCAGCAUGAUCCUUUUGCAGAGCAACCACCUGCUCCAGCAGAUCCCUUUGGAGGAGAUCCGUUUAAGGAAAGUGACCCCUUUCGUAGUACUGCCCCUGAGGAUUUUUUCAAGAAACAGGUGAAGAGUGACCCAUUUACCUCCGAUCCAUUCACAAAAACCCCCACUUUACCCUCAAAGCCUGACCCUUUUGAAAGCACUGAUCCUUUUACGUCUUCCAGUAUCUCUUCAAAAGGUCCAGAUCCAUUUGGAGCACUGGAUCCAUUUGGAAGUGGUGCUUUCAGUGGUGGUGAGGGAUUUGCAGACUUCAGUCAGAUGUCAAAGUCAAUAGCUUCAGACCCUUUUGCCUCCUCUUUUGGAGGAGUGGGAUUCACAGAUGACCCUUUCAAAAGCAAAUCAGACACACCAGCUUUACCACCGAAGAAAAAUGUCCCUCCGCGACCCAAGCCACCCAGUGGUAAAAGUACUCCUGUAAGCCACCUUGGGUCUACAGAUUUUCCCAAGCCCCAUGAUCCAUUCCAGCCAUUUGGGGCUGACAGCAGUGACCUGUUUCAAAGUAAAAAGGGGUUUGGGGACCCAUUUAGUGGAAAAGAUCCAUUUGCUCCCUCCUCUUCAAGUAAAACUUCUAAAGACUCUUCCUUGGGGUUUGCAGACUUCAGCUCUUUUGGAAAUGAGGAACAGCAGCUGGCCUGGGCAAAGCGAGAGAGUGAAAAAGCAGAGCAGGAAAGACUGGCUCGGUUGCGGAGACAAGAACAAGAAGACCUUGAGUUGGCCAUUGCACUCAGUAAGGCUGACAUGCCAAACUCUUAAAGAGGGUCUUGGGUUUCACCCUUUUUAAGAGAAACCUUGGAACAAGGCUUUUAUAAAAAUACUAAAUCCUUGGUUUAUAUUGUGAAAAUAAUUUUAGUCAUCUUCAGAUCUAAACAGGACUGGCUGGUUGUGUCCAACUAGGCUCUGUGUGGCUUCUCAAAUGCAUAAUCUGCAGGAAACACUGUAUAAGCUGUAUUAUAUGUUCUAGAUAAAAUUUGUUGCUUGUAAGAAAUUUAACGUAUAAUCCUAAGGUACUGAAAGUUUCUUUAUCCAAAACACAAAUGUUGCAUAGAGUAAACUGCAGCUUGUGAAUCUGUUUUUUUAUAACCUGAAUUCCACUGGGCCUUUCAGGCUGCAGUAUGGAUUUCAAAGAAAAUGUCAUAAAAAGAUAAUAUUUACAGAAUUAGCUUUCACUUGUUACAUCUAUUUAAUAAUUCAUGGUAGGCUAAUCAGUACUUCUGCAUUAUCUGUGUGAAAGCAUAAAUUCAUUAUUAGAUGGUCCCUUUUUAUCCCGAAGUUGUGGCUUUUGCAAAAGAAUCUGACAAUUUAUAUGUGAUAGAUACAAACAGUGAAGUCUGUAAAACAGUACGAAUUUGAAGACUCUAGAAAUCAGUAGUUCUUCUAAUUCAAGCAUUCAUUCACAUUUGACUUUUAAUAAUUAUAUGUGACUAAAAGAGGGAGUUAAUUCAUUUGUAGUAAAUGGGAUAAAUAAUUUAGCAGUUAAAUUAUGAAGUAAAAAUUUGCUUUAUUGUAUGUAAACAGAAUUGCAAGAUGGUGAUACACAUUUGAGUACUGCUUUAAUGUGACAUCAAAAAAUCAAGUGGUAGAAAAGUUGCCAUGUUUGAGGAGUGCUCACCCCUGCAACUCAUCUUACUCUCAUUUACUCCAACUCCCAGCACACAGACUAGGUUGUGUUACUCAAGUGACUCUCUGGGACAGUCUCUACCUCUGCUUCUUCAAUUCCACCUCUUUGGGGUUACAGAUCAAGCAGAUUUAGCUGAAAUUAAGCCAAGUUGAAUCAGAUUUUAGUUGCCAAAUACACAUUCACACAUCAGUUCUGGCAGCACUGUCUGGGUUGGCUCUAAAAUACAGCUUGCAGUACUCAGACCGGGUGGGAACAGGUUUUAUAUGCACUGAACGCUUCCACCUGGAAAAGAGAACACAGAAUGUGUUUGACAUGUCAUAGAAAAAAUAAGUCUGUGAAUUAAUUUGCUUACUAGAAAUGCCUUUUCUGAUUACAGGAAUUCUAAAACUUCAGCUGUGUUUGCCUUGGAAUUUUCUGUCUCAUAGAGUAGGGAUCUAGCACAGCAUUUUUAAAUGUCCUCAGUCUUCUUUCCUGCCCUUUGUUCUCUGGGAAUACAAAAGCUUUACAUUCUGUGUUUUUACUGAUGCGGCCCUUACCUUACAACAUUUUCUCUCUUUUUUUUUUUUAAUGUGGUAUUCCUUCAUCAUCUUUAAUGCAUUUAUAUUUUUUAUGUCCUUGCUUCCUUACUUUUAUUUUCAUACAAUGACAGUGCCUGCUCAGUGAAUGAAAACAAUCUUUCCCUGUUCUGUUGGGAUUGCCUUAUCCUGGAUGCUUUCCUUACACAGAGGAGUUAGAUUGGAUCGUUUUAAGCAUCUUGGUAGUUUUCAGCUCUGAAAUGCAGCCAAGACAUGGCGUUUGUAGUCUCAGGCUUUUGUGGGGAGGUAGGUGGGUGGGUGGGUGUGCAGACACACACAUCUAUCUGUGUUUAGGAUGUUAUUUUUAAGAGUCACAACAAAUGAAUAAGGGCAGAACACAACAUAUUGUCUAUGCACAGCAUUAGAUGUAGGAACCUUAAAUUUACUGAAACGCUCUUGAUUCAAAAUAUUGUCACUGCAGCAGAAGAAAACCUAGCUGUGAUUUCUUGCUUUGUAUUUAAUAUAGUUUUUCAUACAGAAAGGAAGAUUCCCCACAUUCUUUCCCUAUGCUGUAACUCAGUGUUUGUGCAAUACUUGCACUUGCUUUUUGAGGCAAAACUUUAUUGCAAGACAUUGCUCUUCUUCCUCCAGACCAGUAAAAUUUAAAGCACAAACAGACCUGUUGCUAUUUGGGCAGAGAAAAUAUGUACAAUGUAAGAUAUGGAAAAUGUGAAUACCCCCAGUGCAUAUACAGUGUACAGUGAGAUCCAUAUUAUUUGUGUCAUGUAUGUGUGUGUGUAUAUACAUAUAUAUACAUAUACAUAUAUAUAUAUAAUUGUAUAAUGUAAUCAUAGUGUGUGUAUAUACUCUACAUGUCCACAUGCUAUAUCCACUAUAUAGCUCCUUGUGCUGUACAUAAAAUGUGUAUAUACAGUGAAUAUGUAGAAUAUGCAUAUAUAUUCUAUAUAUUAAAGCUUGUGUGUAUGUAUGAAUUUUGUAACCACAGAUAGAUACAGAAUUGGAAUCUUUACAGAAAUUCAGAUUAGCUCAUGGCUCUGAGAAUUUCAACGUCCUGGUUAAAGAAAAGAAGAUAAAUGAUUUCUAAUCAAUUUGUAUCAAAAUUUCUUUCAUUGACAUGAAAACCUGUGUUCAUUAGCUGUGCCAGGUGUAAGAGAACCCUGGCAGAAAGUAGUAAUCAUUUGCACUGGAUGUAAUUUCACAUUCUUUGUAGUUUUUAAAGUAUCUGUUUAGAAUGUAGGCUCAACUGCUCAUCUUGCAUGUCAUCUUUCUUCUCUGGGCUGAGGCAAUGAAUUUUUUUCCUAUGUUUGCUUGUAGUCUCACUUCCCUCUUUCCUUUUUUUCCCCUUUUAAAAAAGUUUAUUUCUAAGGAGCUGUUCCCAUACACACACCCCAAACAGUCAUAGGCAAAGGUGGGAAACAUGUUUUUCUAGUUCCAUUCUAGUUAGAUUGGUUGCACAUAAUUGUCAUCUGGAUUCCAGUUCUGGUUUUCCUGAAUUUCUACCCAAGCUUUUACUUCAGGAGAAAUGAAUAUCCCUUGCAUGUUUUGCUUAGAGGAAACAGUGGGGGUGAUUCUUCUUUCUGCUUAGAUAAAUUAUUAGACUCUGUGGAACCUUGAACAAUUACUAAGAGUUUAGCAGGGUUUUAUGGUGGAAAACAUGUUUUAUACAGAAUAUAUACUACUGGAAUGACUCAUUGAAAGCCCUGGAUUGCACAGAGCACUGAGGCACAACAGUUAAACAGGACAGAUAGACAAUUAUUCACGUUGAACUUACAAGUGCGGACAGUGCACAUGGGACACAGAAAUUGAAUUACCACGUGACCCUUCACAGAGCUGUGUGUUCACAUUUGCCUUGUGUGGUUUCCCUCAGUUAACUUCAAAUUGUCUUGCUGUAAAACCUCCCCGUCACCCUGCAAUAAAAACAGAUGCUCAUAAAAGUCAUACUUCCACAACAAUGCUGUAUGAAAUAUUUUUAUAUAGGCAAAUUUUCUUCAUGGAACCUCUGCCCUAUGAGGGUCAUCAAUCCUUCCUAUAUCUUGUUCUAUGUACUGUGUUCUCAAAGUGUAGGAAAUUCCAAGCUGUGUCUAUGUAAGCCUUUUUUUUUUUAAUUCCCAUCUGUGAAAUCUGUUGGCACUGUUGUAGAAAUUAUUUUGUCAUCUUAUGCUCAAAGAUAAUGCACUUUUCUUGAAUUCUUCUUAUAAUCCUUUUGGGGUUACUAUUUCUUCUUUAGUGUUUCUCCAUUGAGAAGAAUAUUUGUUCUGUAGAACCAUGGCCCAAAGAGUUUUGGUCCAAGUAGAAUUGUUUCUUUCCCUUGUGUAAGAGUUUGAUUUCUCCUUUCUUCUGCAUUUUAUUCCUCCCUCUCAGGAAUUUCAUUUCUGCUUAAUCCUCAUUUAGAGCUGGAACUCUGUUGAAGUGAAUUGAUCUCUGCUGUUAAUGAUCUAAUUGAAUUAUCUUCCUAUACUAGUGGAACAGCCAAGUUUUUUGGUUAUGCAGAAUAUAUUUGGUUAUAUAUUGCAUCUAUGUAGACUUCACAACAACCAUCUUUUCUUAGGAAGGAAUUUUGCUUGGAGUAUGAUGGAAUCAUAGAAGAUUUAUUUUUAGAGUAGAUAUGUUAACUAUAAUUCGUUGACACACCUGUUUGAUCAGUUGAUAUACUGCUCUUUUUACUUGAAAGUUUUAUAAAUAAAGGCUAAUUUGUUAUAAAAUGGAAUUUUUUUUUUCUUCCAACUUUUGCCUCUCCCUUUAAAUUUCAAAGGAAAGCUUCUAGUGACUGUGGUUUCUUCUGCUGUUGCAAGUACAGAGAACUCUUCUGGUGUCCCUUUUAAUAUAUAUCAUUCUUCAGUCUGACCUGAAAAAGGUGGAAACACAAAGCAGAAACUGCAAUGCUGACCUAAAUCUGACUAAUAUUUCCAAGUAUGUACAUUAUUGUGGUUAUAUUUAUCUUUCAAAUGUUAUAACAAAUUGUAAGGUAUUUUAAUUUUAACCCAUUUCAUGUGUUUAUUGUUUAAUAAGAGAAAUGUUAUUGUUUAAUAUAAUAAAUGAAAGUUACU